CAAGCUGAGCCUUCGAGCAUCAUAUUGGACCAUCGCGCGUCCCGGAUCAAAACCGAAAGACACCACCUUGAACAAUUCCAGCGUUACCUAAACGCACCAAUACGCGGUGUUCAGAAAGCGCUCGGCUCGUUGCUCGCGUCUUGUUUCAUUUUCUUUUGUACUUCUUUGCUUUCCCUCCGAGUCAACACCCCUACCGACUUGAUCGCUCAUUCCCGCCCAUGUCGUCGUUGUCCGACUUCCCUUGGAGUCCGCCCGAGGGCCCGGAGCGGCCAGUGUUGCCAUACGCGUGCGCCCUCACCGUUACCAUCACGGAGCACAUCCCCCCUCAACCGUCGGGCCUGCCGAUCAAGCCACCCUGCGACACGUCAGACGAGCACCCCAAAACCUUGACGCAGACCGAGGUCACCGUCACAUCGCCACCUCUGGAAGCCAACUUGGAUAAUGACACGGAUGGCGCAGCCCCCAGGGAGCCGACAAAGGCAACACUCAUACUUGACCGGCCCAUAGUCAUGAAAGACGGGUGGGGACCGCAGGUCGUCCUCUGCACCGUCACUCCGCAAGACGGACACGGCAAACCCUUCCAGGCCGUGGCCAAGAUCUUUGAUCCGCUCUACUACUCGUCCGAAAACCAGAACCCUCCGGAACAGCCCGUCGCCACCGCCCUCGAGGCCGACUCCGACUACAGCACCGAAGCGGCCGCCUACGUCCGCCGCCAAAAGACGGGGCAGAUGGGAGCCUUCGCCCCCAAAUACUACGGCUCCUGGACCCUUUCACUGCCCAUCGGCCACUGCGGGGUCCAACACGAACGCCGUAUCCGCCUGUUGCUGGUCGAGUACAUCGACGGGGUCUGUAUGCGUAACGAAGGGCACAAAGUCCCGUUUAAGGUGCCACACACGACUUGGACUCCGGUUGAGGAAUUGGUUAGGCUGAUGCAUAAGGGACUGAACCGGGCCCCGCCGGGACCCCCGGGGGCGCCCGGGCAGCCGAUUCAGUGGAGGCCAUUCAAAUGAGUAGUUCGGUCUUGUGCCUCUUUUUCACAGGGCUUGGUGGAUGGAGCUAGGUUUUGGGCCGAGGUUAUCAUAUAUGUCAUGUUAGUGGGUGGCAUGAUGACGGCGAUGAUAGUCAAAUGGCUUGUGUUAUAAGCUAGGUUAUGAACCGCGUUCCCGGAGUACCUACGUUGCCUGAAACAUGUCUUCCAUCCAUGUUAGGGAAACAGAGUUAGAUGAGCUUGGUUUGGGCUAUGAUUACCUUACCUAGGUGAGGUAGCCUACUCGCCUCAGCGGUAAUUACUUUCCUUCGGUACCUUAUGUGC